AUGGAGCCUGAAUUUCCCCCUGUUUAUAAAUACUUUAUGGCACUUGCUAUUUUACAGAUAAGAGGACUCUAUUCAGAGCAAUUCACUGUGAGUAGCUCUUGGAGUCAUCAAGUGGUCACCGUAGGAGGACAGGCUGAGCUCAGCUGCCAGAUUUCCCCACCCCAAAAUGCAAACCACAUGGAUGUUGGCUGGUUUCGGGAUCACUACACCCAAAUGAUUCACACGCAUAAAGAUGGGAAGGAAAUUACUGAAAAAAACAUUCAGAACUCUAAGGAUCGCACAGUGCUCCUGAAAGAUGACCUAGGAACAGGCAAAAUGAUCCUCCAAAUUCACAAUAUCACUGUUUUUGAUGGGGGAAAGUACUACUGUUUCUUUAAAGAUGGUGAUACCUAUGAAGAGGCAAGUACAGAUUUGAGGGUGGCAGCUGUAGGUUUAGAAAUACAAAUUAGUGUCCAGGUUUCAGAUACAAAUGGAUUUCUGUUGGAGUGUGCCUCAGGAGGGUGGUUUCCACAGCCUACAAUGCAGUUGAGAGACAGCAGGAGGCAGAUAAUUCCACAUCCAUCGAAGAUCUACUCAGAGGAUAAAAGUGGAUUAUUUCACUCAAAGAUGAGUAUUUUACUCAAAAACAGCACCCAGAGUCAUAUAAUUUGCUGCUUUUAUAACUCACUUACUGGCCAAGAGAAAAAUGCAAGUAUUUUCUUAUCAGGUUCAUGGUACUACAUUAUUUUUGAGAGUCUACCUUUCCUACUGCUUAAUGGCAUCUUUCCUACGUACUUGAAAUUCAAAAAUGAAGGGCCCAGGUUACCAGGUCUGGCCGUGAAGGCCAUUCUGGCGUGGAGGGGAUCUGGUGCCCCGGACUAA